AUGCAGGAGGACGAGGAGCAGAAGGCGACGCUCGACGCCGGCGACCUCCGCAACACCAUCCUGUCAAAAAAGAAGGGCCGCGGCUUCCGCGACGCCGCGCGCGACGAGGACCCCGGCGGCAACGCCCGCUACGACUCGCUCGACGGCGGCGGCGGCGGCGGCGCGUCGGGGCCCGCAAAGUCGGUCGAGGGGUGGGUGCUGUUUGUGACGGGCCUCCACGAGGAGGCACAGGAGGAGGACGUCGUCGAGGCGUUUGCAGAGUAUGGGGACGUCAAGAACGUCUACCUAAACCUGGAUCGCCAGACCGGCUACGUCAAGGGGUACGCCCUGAUCGAGUACGCCACGGAGAAGGAGGCGCGCGAGGCGGCGAAGCAGCUCGAGGGCACCAAGCUGCUGGAGCAGACGAUCCACGUCACGUGGGCGUUCGUCAAGCAGGGGCGCGCCAAGCGGCGCUGA